CUCCUCGUGCUGCUCUCCUGAGAAAGUCAGGGUAUAAGAGACGAUAUUGAGAGAGACGGGGAGAUUAUUUUGCCGGAAUAUUUUUGCAGAAGAGACUGUAUAAAAAGCCUGAGGAGCCCUGCAAAGACGGAAUUACAACUCUUAUUGUACACUUACCUGCCUUUAUUUCUGUUGCAUAAUGCAGCAUGCAGCAGUCCUCUCCUUGCUAGUGUACACUGCCUGCUGCUUAGGCACUUACAACUCGUACAGUUUCCAGAGGAAGCCUUUCAAAGGACACAUCUUUGACCUGAAGGAACACCGCAAUGCCUUGGACACAGGCACCAACCGGGUGCUCAAGCUGGGCACCGUCUUCAAACGAAAUGUACGUAAGCUGAGAGAGCAGAGCGGCAACCUGGACCUGGUUUUCCUGGUGGACGAAUCCUCCAGUGUGGGCAACACCAACUUUGUCAACGAGCUGAAGUUCGUCAAGAAGCUGCUGUCGGACUUCCCAGUAGUACCAUCUGCCACCCGGGUGGCAAUAGUGACCUUCUCCUCCAAGAACAAUGUGGUGCCCAGGGUCGACUACAUCACUGCCCCUCAGUACCACCAACACAAGUGUUCUCUGCUGAACGAGGAAAUCCCCGCCAUCAAGUACAGGGGAGGUGGGACCUUCACAAAGGGAGCGUUCCAGCAAGCAGCACAAAUCCUACGGUAUUCCCGGGCGAACUCCACCAAAGUGGUCUUUCUUAUCACAGAUGGAUACUCCAACGGCGGAGAUCCAAGGCCCAUCGCAGCAGCCUUGCGGGACCUGGGGGUGGAGAUCUUCACGUUGGGCAUCUGGCAGGGCAACAUCCGGGAGUUGCACGACAUGGCGUCACACCCUAAGGAGGAACACUGCUACAUCCUGCACAGCUUUGCCGAGUUUGAAUCUCUGGCUCGAAGGGCUCUCCAUGAAGAUCUCCCAUCUGGGAACUACAUCCAGGAAUCGCGAUCUCGUUGCUCGUUCCUCUGUGAGCUGGGGCAGGACUGCUGUGAUGUGAUGGCAAGUUGUCAGUGCGGCACAAACACAGGCCAGUAUGAAUGCAUCUGUGAGAAAGGCUACUACGGGAAAGGACUACAGCAUGAGUGUGCAGCGUGUCCACCUGGGACCUUCAAGCCGGAAGGAAAGCCUGGAGGCAUUAGCACCUGUCUCAAGUGCCCUGGCGAGCACCAGACCUCCCGACCAGGGAGCACCUCAAUCGAGGACUGCAUCUGCGAGGAAGGAUACAGGCUCGUAGGGCAGGUGUGUCAAGUGGUCCAGUGCCCAGCGUUGCAGCCACCUCGAAAUGGUUACUUCAUACAGAACACGUGCAAUAACCGCUACAAUUCUGCAUGUGGAAUUCGGUGCAAGCUGGGCUUUGAAGUCAUGGGUACCCAUGUUCGCCUGUGUCAAUCUAAUGGCCAGUGGUCAGGUUCAGAUACCAAAUGCAGAGUUCGAACCUGUCCAAGAUUACGCACUCCUGAACAUGGAUUCAUAAACUGCUCAACCCAUGUCCUGUCUUACAAAACCGCCUGCCAUGUGACCUGUAAAAAGGGCUAUAUAAUGGAAGGCAGGUCAAAGCUGACUUGUCUAGCCAACAUGAUAUGGGAUGGGAGAGAGCCAAAAUGCAUUGAAAUCCGUUGUCCACCCAUACAAAAGACGGAUGGUGUGAUGGUGGCCCCUCAUCUCUGCAGGAAAGCUUCAGUCAGACCAGGAAGUGUGUGUCAUUUGAGCUGUCGCCGUGGUUACAGGCUCUCAGGUGUCACGCAAGAAGUUCGGUGCUUGAGUAAUGGCAAAUGGAGUCAGAAACUUCAUAAAGCCUUUUGUCGAGAUAUUGAGGGGCCGCAAAUCAGUUGUCCCAGGGAAGUCAAGGUGGAAACAUUAGAGCAUCAGAAAACUGCAAAUGUCAGCUGGUUGAUACCAGAAGCAAAUGAUAAUUCAGGGGAUCAGGUGUUUUUACAAGUGACUCCUGCUGUGGUUCCACCCCAUCUCUUCCCAAUCGGAGAAAUCACCAUCACAUAUAUAGCAAUGGACAAAACUGGGAACAAGGCAAACUGCUCCUUUAUUAUAAAGGUUAUUGAUGCUGAGCCCCCUGUGAUUGACAGGUGUCGCUCACCACCACCCAUCCUGACACAUGAGGAAGAGUAUCAAGCCAUGUGGGAGGAACCACAGUUUUCAGAUAACUCAGGUGCUCCAUUGAAGAUUGAAAAGACUCAUUCACUUGGUGAUUUCCUCCGUCGAGGGGAGACGAUCGUACGUUACACUGCAACUGACCCUUCAGGCAAUAAGAGAACUUGUGACAUCCAAAUCAUCAUCAGGGAUACUAUUUGUGGAGUACCCUUUACUCCUUUAAAUGGAGGCUUCUCUUGUGUUGCUGACGACUUGCGUGUGAAUUGCACAUUGUACUGCUUUGAAGGAUACGGGCUGGCUGCUGAAGAAAGUGGAAGUUACUAUUGUGCUCAUGAUGGCGUGUGGAUUCCACAGUUUUCUUCUGCAAGGCCUGAUUGCUCUUCAGUGAAACGCCUUGGGAAUAACGGCCACAAGAAAUUCGAGGUGCAGUACAAUGUCAACCAAUGUGAAGACUUCACUCUACUGAACAACUUUGCAAAAGCUUUCAACAACACUUUAGCUGAAAUGGUUCCACUCCUUUGUGGUGAGGAUAAUGACAUUGAAUGUGAAAUGGAAGAGUUACCCAAAGUGCAAUGCUUGGAGUACAACUAUAAUUAUGAAAAUGGUUUUGCCAUCACAGGGACAGGAGUAUGGGGAGACAAUUAUGAGCCAUUGAAUGAAAUGGAUUACUCUUAUGAUGAACCAGAAAGUUCCCAUCGAUUACAAAAGCGAUCAAACAAACAAGAGUAUUUAACUGCAUCUCCAGUGAAGUCAGCUCUGAAGACAAAGAGACAAUCUGAUAGGAGAAUUAGCUUUGCUGCACAAGAAAUCGACCAUAAGAUCAAUCUGGUAUUUAAUAUCAGUGCCUCUGUCGCACUGCCGAAAGAUCAAAAUGACACAGUAGAAUCUGAUAAUCAAAGGCGACUUCUUAGCACAUUGGAACGUGUGACAAGCCGGCUGAAAAGAGCGUUGGACAGUGAGCCUCUGUAUCAGUUUUCCUUUGGGUCUGAAAUGGCUCGGUCAAACAGCAGGUCCCUGGAGACCAACAAAGCCGCUUUAUUCUGCAGACCAGGAUCUGUCUUAAAGGAACGCAUGUGUGUGAACUGCCCUGUGGGGACAUUUUACUCACUGGAACACAGCGAUUGUGAGAGCUGCUGGAUUGGGUCCUAUCAGGAUCUGGAAGGACAAAUGGAGUGCAAGAUGUGUCCUUCUGGAACAUCAACCGAGUACAUGCACAGCAGGAGCACAGAUGAAUGCAAGGGUCAAUGCAAACCUGGAACCUACUCUCCAAAUGGCCUGGAGACCUGUGAAUCCUGCCCAUUGGGAACCUUUCAGCCGGAUUAUAAUGCAAGGGAGUGCCUUCAGUGUCCAGAUAAAUUGACCACUGUGAAAAGAGGAGCCAUUGAAGUUUUUGAAUGUGGAGUGCCGUGUGCUGCAGGUCACAUUUCCCGCUCUGGCAUAAUGCCAUGCUACCCUUGCCCCAGGGAUUACUAUCAACCCAGCUCAGGGAAGUCGUUCUGUCUGGCCUGUCCAUUCUAUGGAACAACCACGGUCACUGGGGCAACCUCCCAUAGUGACUGCUCUGGUUUCAAUUCUGUGCAUAUACCAGAAACUGCCAGCUUACUGAUACCAACACCUCUGGAGAAAAGAUCAAGAUCAAGAGCAAAUCAGGAGUUCAAUGAUUGCUUCAUGCAGCCAUGCCAACAUAAUGGAAGUUGUGAAAGUAUCGGGUCUGGAUAUGCUUGUGUGUGUCAGCCUGGAUUUACAGGUACCAACUGUGAAACAAAUAUCAACGAGUGUGCCUCAGACCCCUGCCAAAACAACGCAGCCUGCCAGGAUGGGAUUGGGAAAUUUGUGUGCUUGUGUCAGCCUGGUUUUAUGGGCCAGUUGUGUGAAGAGGAUCUGAAUGAAUGCAGCUCCCAGCCUUGCCUUAAUGAAGGAAAAUGCAUUGAUGGGUUUAAUGCUUAUUACUGCAAGUGCACUCACGAGUUCAAAGGAACCCAUUGUGAACUGGAUAUUGAUGAAUGCCUUUCAAAACCAUGCCUCCACAAUGGGGCAUGCCACAAUUUGAUUGGCGGAUUUCACUGUGCGUGUCAGGCCGGUUUCCUAGGUGACACAUGUGAAAUUAACAUCAAUGAAUGCACCAGUAUGCCUUGUCUGAAUGGAGGAUCAUGCAUUGAUGGCAUCAAUGGCUUCAGAUGUCAAUGUCCUGUAGGCUAUGGUGGCUUGCUCUGUGAAACAGACGUGGAUGAAUGCAAAUCUAAUCCGUGCUUGAACCAGGGUGUGUGUACCGACAAGCUAGGCUCAUACAUCUGCAAAUGUCCACCCGGCUUCAAUGGGACCCGAUGCGAAAUGGAGAUGUCCUCCAACUUCAACCUGGAUUUUGAUGUUUCGGGGAUCUAUGGCUAUGUUCUAUUAGAUAAUGGCUUACCGACGCUCAGUGCACUUACCUGUGCUUUCUGGAUGAAAUCUUCAGAUACCACAAACUAUGGGACUCCAAUUUCCUAUGCCUUGAAUACUGACUGCGACAAUGCCUUCCUGCUAACAGAUUACAAUGGUUGGGUGUUGUACAUCAAUGGCAAGGAGAAGGUAACUGAUUGUCCCUCAGUCAAUGAUGGGAAAUGGCACCACAUUUCCAUCACGUGGAAUAGCACAGGUGGCGUAUGGAGAGUUUACAUAGAUGGAAAAGUCUCUGAUGAAGGCAAGGACCUUUCUACUGGACUGAGUAUCCCAGGUGGUGGAGCACUGGUGCUGGGACAGGAGCAGGAUCAAAGAGGCGAAGAUUUCAACCCUGCAGAGUCUUUUGUUGGCUCAUUGAGCCAGCUGAAUAUUUGGGAUUAUGACCUGACACCAGAACAGAUAAAACUACUGGCCACUGCCUGCCCCAAAGACCUUAACAAGGGCAAUGUCUUAGCCUGGCCUGAUUUUCUGUCAGGAAUCGUGGGCAGAGUGAAGAAAGAUUCCAGAAGUAUUUUCUGUGCAGACUGUCCUGUGCUAAAAGGAUCUCAGUCAAGUCUCCAGGUGUCAAGUACUGAUUUGAAACCAGGGACAAGGGUUGAACUGUCCUGUGAACGUGGCUACAAUCUUAUUGGCGACCGUGUGCUGCAUUGUCAGAACCUGGGAGCAUGGAGCUAUCCAAUACCCUACUGUGAAAGGAUUAAUUGUGGAUUGCCGCCAGCCCUUGACAAUGGGAGCUUUAUCGCUGAGAACUAUCUUUUCGGCAGCACUGUGUCCUACCAGUGCAACAAUGGUUACUACCUGCUAGGAGAUUACAAUCUACUUUGUGCCAGCGAAGGAAACUGGUCUGGUGUUGUGCCUGUCUGCCUUGAUUUGGAUGAGUGCGCCCUUGGCUCAGACUGUGAUAAAAGGUCUGAAUGCAUUAACACCAUUGGAUCUUACACCUGCACCUGCAGGCCACCAUACACCGGCAACGGGAAAAAUUGCACUGAUCCAAUCCGGUGUGAAGACCCUGGGAGACCUGUUCAUGGAUUGGCUGAGGGUGCUCUGCACUUUGUUGGUGGUCAGGUGACUUUCUCUUGUGAAGAAGGCUACCAGCUGAAUGGGACACCAAAUGUCACAUGUCUGGAGAAUGGGCAGUGGAGUGAUGUGGUGCCACACUGCCAAGCUCGAUCCUGUGGCAUGCCUGAUAUCCCAGCAAAUGGUACGAUUGAAGGCAGUGACUUCACCUAUGGUAUGAAGGUGGUGUACAGUUGCAAUAAGGGGUAUGUGUUGUCUGGAGCAGCAGAAAUCUCUUGUUUAGCUAAUGGUAGUUGGAGUCAUGAAACACCAACCUGUGAGCCUCUGAUGUGUCCUACUCCUCAGGAUACAGACAAUGGUAGAAAUGCAAUGAAUGGGAUCACAUACCUCUCCACCGUUACAUACAUCUGCAACAGUGGAUAUCAGCUCAAUGGACCAGAUACCUUAAUCUGCAACAGCACUGGUCAAUGGAAUGACACCCCACCAGUAUGCGAGGUCAUAUCCUGUGGGCCCCCUCCAUCACUUCCCAAUGCCAAUGUUGUUGGAAACAAAUUCACCUUUGGAAGCUUCAUUUCCUACAGCUGCAAAGAAGGCUACAUAUUGCUCGGUGUGGAGACAAAGCAGUGCCUGGCCAGCGGAAUGUGGAGCCACAGCACAAUGCAGUGUGUCCCCCUGUCAUGCGGCCCAGCUCCAGAUAUUGAUCAUGCAUUUCCUGAAACGGGCCACCAGCUAUUCGGGGACAUUGCGAUCUACUACUGCACAGAUGGGUAUAGCAUCUCGGGCAACUCGCAGCUGGUCUGUGACACUACCGGAGCAUGGACCCCACUGGAAGGCAAAGCUGUGCCACACUGUGUGGCAGACUUCUGCAAGAAACCAACAUUAGCACCGCAUGUGAUUUUGGAGACCAUCGACAAAGAGAAGUUCCCAGCUGGCUCGCAGGUCAUGUACAAGUGUGAGGAAGGCUUCAUGCUGAACACCACCACCGCCAUCGAAUGUGUCCGUGGGGGCCUGUGGGAACCCUCCCCACUCAGUGUGCAGUGCAUCCCCGUGCGCUGCGCAGAGCCGCCAGUCAUUGAGCGAGGCCACGUGAGUGGGACCAACUACAGCUUCGGCGCCAUUGUGGCCUACAGCUGCAACAAGGGCUUUUACGUCAAAGGCCAGAAGAAGCGAGCGUGCCAGGCGGAUGGAGAAUGGAGUGGCCAGCUACCCAGCUGCCAGCCUGUCUCAUGUGGAAAACCCCCUCGUCUCACCAAUGGACGUGUCGAAAUUAAAAAUGGCACGCUGUUUCAGAGUGAAGUCAGCUAUUACUGUCAUCAUGGCUUUCGAUUGGUGGGGAGUCCCAUUCGUACCUGCCAAGGAAAUCGGCACUGGCACAGCGAGUCUCCCCCUUCAUGCAUCCAGGUGAACUGCGGGCUACCUCCAGCCACCAAACACGGACACUUCAUCGGGUCUGAUUUCACUCUCAACUCACGAGUGGAGCUCAAAUGUGAGGAAGGUUACGUGGUCUCUGGGAACGCGAUAAUGACCUGUCAGGAGGAUGGACUGUGGAACAGAAGUGGGCACCCACGGUGCAUACCCCUGAGAUGCCCUGAACCAUGGUCGCUCGGACAGGAGAGCAAUCUACUGGUCCACAAGACCAACACAAGUGGAACCAUUCUGCUGGAAUGUGCAGAGGGCUAUACGCUGGAGGGCCCAGCGAGUCUAAAGUGUCUGGAAUCCCAGCAGUGGAACGACUCAUUCCCUGUUUGCCAGCCCGUCGUGUGUGGGAAGCCUCCAGACGUUCAGUAUGGUGAUACUUUGUUUUCUGACCUUCACUUUGGAAGCAUUGUCAAGUACACUUGUACCAAUGGGUUUGUGUUGCGGGGACAACCAUUCCUGACCUGCCAAGCCGAUAGAACCUGGGGCCAAGCUGUGCCGGAGUGUGUGCCCAUUGAAUGCCCUCAUCCUGAAUUGAUCAGAAAUGGAAUCGUGGACACCCAGGGCCUGACCUAUCUGAGCCAUGCCGUGUACACCUGCAAGCCGGGCUUCCACUUAAAGGGAAACACUACCGUCACCUGUGGUGAGAAUGGUGAGUGGCUGGGGGGAAGGCCAGUUUGCCAGCCAGUUGAAUGUCCAACCCCACAAGAAAUAACAAAUGGAAGACCAAUCUUUGAGAAACUAUAUCACCGAGAAACCAUAACAUAUGUUUGCAACACAGGAUUUAAGCUGGAAGGCCAAGAAAAGCUGAUUUGUUUGGAGACAGGUGAGUGGGACGCAGAAGCACCUAUUUGCAAGCCUUUCAAAUGUGAACCACCUCAGCUUAUAGAGAAUGGUUUUGUCGAGGGCUCUGAUUAUAGCUUUGGUGCUCUCAUUUUCUACAGCUGUUUCCCUGGGUUCCAUUUGAUUGGUACCUCUAUGCGCAUCUGUGAGGAAACCUCCUGGUCCAAUACCUCACCGUACUGCGUGCCCGUAGAUUGUGGCCUCCCCCCACAUAUUGAUUUUGGAGGGUACUUGGUCAUACAGAAUGAGGACGGGGACGUGGACGGAGCAUCUGUAAAAAGAAGUGGCUCUGAUAUCGUAACCAAUCUCCUCCCGUCAGGCCUCAAUCCAAAGAAAGGCAUCGCUGCUUCCAUCUCGGAGCGAGUCCCACACCUAGGCUCCAGUGACAAUAAGCAAAUGUGGAACAAUCCGAGCAUAGACCUUCACCAGACGUCCGAGUUCACAAGUGGAACCGUGAUUCAGUACUACUGUUACAGCAGCUAUGAGCUGAUAGGGCACCAUGUGCUGGAAUGCCAAGAAGAUGGCACGUGGAAUGGGAGUGCGCCCGUCUGCCUUCUGAUAGAGUGCAAGCUCCCGGUCAAACCUGAAAACGGUCAAGUUAGGUUUUCCAGUAACCUGCUCGGCAGUAUGAUAGAGUACGGGUGUGAUCUAGGCUACGAGCUCGCUGGCUCACGCACCAGGCGUUGCACUUCAAACAGCGAAUGGAAUGGCACGCCUCCGACCUGUCAACCGGUAUCGUGCGACUCACCCAGCCCAAUCGAAAACGGCAUCACGAAGGGCACCAACUACACCUACACCAGCGUAAUAGCUUACGACUGCAGCUCUGGGUUUCAGCUAGUUGGGCCUGUUCAGAGGACUUGCCAGAGCAACAGGGAGUGGAGUGGAGAAGUACCACAGUGCGUCCCAGUGUCCUGUGGGCUACCUCCCAGUCCUGACAACGGCAAUGUGACUGGAUUGAAUUACACCUUCCAGAGCCUGGCAAAUUACAGUUGCAACAAUGGCUACCUAAUUAAAGGGGACUGGACUCGCACCUGCCUUGCCAACGGGAGCUGGAGUGGGGAGACACCACAAUGCCUAUUAGCAGCAUGCCCGCCACUCACUGGCUUGCCGAAUGGCUAUAUCACAGGAAGUGAAUUUACCUUCAGGAAGGAAGUACAAUUCCGGUGUAUGGAUGGUUAUUUAUUGGUUGGUGCACCAAGUCUUGUGUGUCAGGGAGAUGGGAGUUGGAGUGAUGUGGUACCACAAUGCACCCCAGUCAACUGUGGUCCUCCAGAAGACAUCUCCCACGGAUUAAUCAAUGGGUCUAGCUUUAGCUUUGGGGACUCGGUGAAGUACAUAUGCUUUCAUGGGUAUGGGCUGAUAGGGAUCUCAGUCAGGUAUUGUCUACGGAACGGGUCAUGGAGUGACAGUGUUCCAAAAUGUGAACCGUGCAGCUGUCCAUAUCCGAACAUCCGUAAUGGGUUUACCACCGAUCAAGAUUUCAGUUGUGGAAACCUAAUAACCUUCCAGUGCAUGGAGGGAUUUAAGUUACUGGGCGCUUCUCAAGUUCUGUGUGAAUCUGAGGGGAGGUGGAAUUCAAGCCUUCCCUACUGUGGCCGAAUUUCAUGCGGUUCACCGCCAUUAAUACACAAUGCCUUCUUUAACGGGAGCACCUCCUUGCCUGAGAACACCAUAGCCUACAACUGUUUUCCUGGCUACAUCAUGAAGGGGAAGGCGGAAGUGCUCUGCACAGAGAGGGGCAAAUGGAGUCAGCCAUAUCCAACCUGUGAGCCGGUGGCCUGCGGACCUCCUCCACCAGUGCAGCACGCUACUGUUGUAGGCGACCAGUAUACGUUUGGGAGCAGAGUUCAUUACAGGUGUUCGGAGGGAUACACCAUGGGAUCAGAGACGGAUUCUCAGACGUGUUUGGAGGGUGGCUCCUGGUCCACUCAGAGUAUUGCGUGCAAACCUCAGAGCUGCCCCCUGCCAUUCAACGCUCAGGCAAAGGUGGUUAUUUCGGGAACAUUGUUCACUGUCAAUGAAAGUAUAAUCAUCUCCUGUGGAGAAGGAUACCGACUGUCAGGCGCAAACCGAUCUACUUGCCAGGUUGAUGGAUUCUGGAGUCCACCGAUUGCUGAUAUUUUGUGUUCCCCUGUGUCCUGCGAGGAACCACUGCCACCAGAGAAUGGCUCAGUUAAAGGAACAAGCUAUGAAUACAAAGACAGUGUAACAUAUCAGUGUGAUAUCGGCUAUGAGUUACAGGGCAGUAUUCAGAGGUUUUGCCGGGAAGAUGGGACAUGGAAUGGCACACAGGCCUCCUGCAGGAGAAUUACAUGCGAGCCACACCCAUUGGUGGAAAAUGCAUUGGCCAUUGAAGUAGAAGACACAUACAUGAGCAACAUCAGCUUUGUUUGUGACUUUGGUUAUCAUCUCAUUGGGCCUGAGAACAUCACCUGCCUUGCGAAUAGGACAUGGAGUCAGCCUCUUCCCCGCUGUGAGGCAAAACAAUGCACAGCCCCUCCUAACAUUCCUGAAGGUAUCAUCCUUUCAGACACCGUUUUCUAUGUAAAGCAAAAAGUGACUAUUCACUGCCAGAAAGGUUAUCGGCUUCUUGGGAACUCAAGCAUAAUCUGUGCUCCUGACCUGACAUGGAGUCCAAUCACUGCCACUUGUGAGAAGGUAUCCUGUGGUGAACCAGCUCAAAUUCCAAAUGGGCUUGUUCAAGGAGUACAACACAACCACAUGGGAGAUGUAGCAACAUACUCUUGUUACAGUGGAUACAUGCUUAUUGGAGACAGAACAAGUAGCUGCCUACAGAAUGGAACGUGGAGCUCUCCACCCAUUUGCCAAGCUGUUUGCAGGUUUCGUUGUCAGAAUGGGGGAGUUUGCAAUAGACCAAACACUUGCACUUGCCCAGAUGGAUGGAUGGGGCGACUCUGUGAAACACCAAUCUGCAUUCUGCCAUGUCUGAAUGGAGGCCUGUGCUCAGCCCCAUACCAGUGUGACUGCCCAUCAGGAUGGACUGGCUCAAGAUGCCAUCAUGCCGUGUGUCAGACUCCCUGUUUAAACGGUGGUAGAUGCAUUCGACCAAAUCGAUGUCAGUGCUUGCCAAUUUGGAGCGGUAGUGACUGUUCCAGGAGGAGGAAGCCUUCCUACUUUACCUUCUCAUAAAGACAUAUCCUGCAAAGACUCUGCAUUAACCAAACUACGAUAAAACGCAAUGCCACCAUAGCAUUUAACUAAACUGUUAUCCUUUUAAUGUUUGAAAGCCUGGUGUAUUUUGAUAUUUUUUCUGUGAAACAAAGUUGUAUUUUUUCAUAUGGUAAUAUAAUUUUUUAAGAAAGUUAUAUAAUGUUGGCAAGUUAUGAGCUUGAGUUUUUAUACCCAUGAUUGCUGUAGCUUUCAGACUCUCGGCUCCAGGCCAAGUGGAUUUAUUUUAAAGGAGUGGCAGUUGUAAAGUUUUAAUUACCGAUGUUGUAAUUGUUUUCAAAACCAGAGUAUUUCAGGUUACACUGGCCUUUUGAAACUGCAGGUACACCUGUAUUCAAUCCCUUUAUAUUUUCAGAUACACAAGCUAAUUUAGUCCAUAUGUACCAUCAGCCAUCAUCAAUACUCUCCAGAGGCUGUCUGCCUGGAACCAGUACUCGCAUAACCAGGACCUGUGAUAUGCACAUGUUCUCUUAUGUAUGGUAGAAGAAGGGCGGAACACGUUGCACUAUCAUUCUUCUGUAGUCAUUUCAUUAGCUACUUGACUUUUGUAACUCUACAUUUCCAAUUCUCUUUGUUCAGUUCGUGCUUAAUAAAACAAGCAUGAAGCAACAACUUUUCUGCCACUUUCUUGACUUCCAAAGGAGCCUUAUAUCCAAAAGAUCAGAAUCCUACAAUACCUAAGCUGAUUUAGUCCAUAUGUGGGUCUCAGACACGUCAAGUCAAACUGCCCCACUCAGUAUCUAUUUGAAACAACAUCAGUGAACUCCAGAGACGGUAAUAAUAACACCACAAGUGGCCAUUUCUAAUAUUACUUCAUAUGUAUAUAUGGAUUCACUAAGUGGAAUAAAUCCUGUAUGAACACUUUCUUUCCUGCAUCAUCACUCCAUAAAUAAAAACAAUAAAGAUGUAACAAUGAGGUUCUGCUGUGACUUUAUUUUGCACAUUCCUCCAGCAAGGUGACAUUUGUAAGUCUGCAUUCACUAAACCCAGCAAACAGAAAUAUCCCAAGACAGCCCACACCAAUGUUCUCAAAUAAAAUGUAAUACCAAGCCACAUAAAGAGAUGUGGGGCUGAUUCUGGCUAUGGGAGUGAAACCUGGUACUUUCAGAAUGACAAUUAGUGUCACAUCUGUCACUGUGCUGGUCUCUUUGUAGUGCAAAUUACUAGGAACUGUGAUAAAGACGCAAACAC